AUGCAAAAAGUAUUCAAAAUCGAAAGAAUCGAUUCAAACAUCGAGUUUAAGAAUAGAAACAAGACUGCUUUAAAAAGGCGCAGAAAAACAAGAAAUAACAAGAAAUCUAAGCCUGCCCUCUCAACUAGCACUCUUCAGAAGAUGAUCAAGAAGCAAACACAACUUCAUAACGAGGAAAAAGAAUUACUUCAGAAACGGGAAAGAAGUAAACUGACAGUUUAUGAAAGACCUAUCCAGGACGAAGAAACAGCUAAAGGUACACCAGAAAUAGAGGUGAAGAAGGAUGAUAUUACUGAGACUAUUGAGACUAAUGAAAGUCUAUCCCUCACGAAUCAGAUAGAUGAAGCCCCACAGGAAUUUAAUCCUAUGACGUUGAUAUCUCCUAUGGACCAAGGAAUCAUCCAAUCCUUGCAAUUUAAUGAUUUUGUAUCUGAUGAUCUCCUAAGGAUUAAAGAGAAUGGUCCUAAGAAUCUGUUGCCACCUUCUACUGCGGACAUACCAGAGUAUUGCCUGGUCCUAGAUCUGGAUGAGACACUUGUUCACUGUAGCAUCGCUCCUUUCGAAGGGUGUGACGAAGUUUUAAAUAACAUCUAUAUUUCAUACCGCCCCUAUUUACUUGAAUUUCUGGAGAGAGUCAGCCAAUUUUUUGAAGUUGUUGUUUUCACUGCUUCCGAAUCUCCUUAUGCUAACAUGGUGAUAGAUAGGUUUGACCCAGACCAGAAGUACAUCCAUCACCGGCUUUAUAGGGAGUCAUGACUUGAAGUAUGUGGGAAUUACAUCAAAGACCUAACUUGUCUUGGAAGAGACCUCAAUAAGACGAUGAUAGUUGAUAAUAGCAUGGUAUCCUUCAUGCUUAAUUUGGAAAGUGCGAUCCCGAUAGAAAGCUAUCAAGGCAACAAACAGGAUACCGAGUUAUACAAAUUGGUGGAAAUAAUGGCUACUGCUAUCAGUUCUACCUCCUCAAACUCUGAUAAAGCUCCUGAUUCAUCAGCUCAGUUUAAACUAAAUCUAAGGGACUACAUUGCUUCCGUCUAUAGGAUGGAAGACAGGUUCUCUUUUUGGAGACACCAAAUGAAUAACGGAUUUGAGGAUGUCCACUAUCAUCUUCAAGCUAAUUUGUCCUAAUAAAUUUUCUCAUUCA